GUUUACAAACUUACGCAGGCGCUGGAAUAACGCGCGAAAGAGGAAAUGUGAAGAUGACGGUGGAAACAACAGAAGUAAAUGCAACCCAGAUUGAAGUGAAGAAAAGUUUGAAAGAAGAUGCUCACAGUAAUGAAAAAGUGGAUUCAGGGAUGGAUGAUGAUAGCCAGCAGUCUAAUGAACAAGACAUGCACUUGAGUGAUGAGGAGGGAAAUGACCUAUUGAUAGGUAGAAAAUCAAAACAGAGUAAUAGGAUAUUGGAUGAUGAUGAGGAGGAAUGUAUGGAGAGGGGAGGAGAAACAACAAUAGAAGAAAAAGAAAGUAAGAGAACUGAGAGUGAUUCACCAUCGGUUACAGAUGAAGCUUUAAGCAAAGCAUUCGAAAGUGGAUCUGAGAAUGAUAGUGAUGAAGAGGGAAUGACUUUAAGUGUAGUUAAAAAGAAGAAAAGAAUUGCUUCUUUUGAUGAGGACAGCAAUCAUUCUACUAAAGAGGGUGAACAAAAGGAUGAUUCGGAACAUGCAGGAGAAAUUAAGAGUACUUUGUUUGCAAACAGUGACUUGUUUGAUGCUGAAAAUGAUGAGGAAAAUUCACAAGGAGUAAACAACUCUGUCAGUGACAAGGAAGAUAACUCUGAGAGUGACAGUGGAGAUAACUCAGAUAGCAGCAGGGAGGGCAAUGAAGAUGAAGGAUUUGAUGAAUCAUGUUUGGAUCCAAAAUUACUAGCAAAAUUGAAGAAGGGUGCUGCAAAAAAGCCCACUAGAAAGUCAAAAGAAAAAUCGAGGAAGGAUGAACUUUUGGAUAUCCACAGUGAAACUCAGAGAAUUGUCAGAGAGAGUAGAGUAAACUUGCCCUAUCACCAGCCAGAACCCAAACCUCUGUCAGCUUUUUUGGCCAGAGCUUCCAGAAAGCAGGAACUAUACAAAAGUUUGCACAAUACAAGAGAUAUACAUAAGGCCAGGAUAAUGCAGCAGACGUUUGAAAAGGACAAAACAAGUAAACAAAGUGAAGGGGAUAAGACUCUUCAGGGCACUUCAGAAAAGAUUUCAGAAAUCAAAGCAACAGAGGAAUCUGAGAAAAUAGAAAAAGACACGGAAGAGAUAAUUAGUGUGAAUGAAAAUGUGUCAGAAGAUAUCAAUGAGAAACAUUCAUCUUCUGAAGUCCAGUUAGGGGACAUUGAUCUUCCAGAUCUGGAGGAAAGAGAGAAAGAGGUCGAGGAAAGGUUGGGCCAGAAAGACUCCCCCCAACCAGUGAAAGCCCAGUCUAAAUUGGCUCACAUAGACAAAGAAGUUGCUAAUUGUGAAAGUUCAGUAGAAUCUGAAGGUGCCAUUUCAAACACUCAAUGUGCUGAUUCUAUAAAAAGUAUAGAAAAACAGUCAGCUAAAUCCAAAUUAGAGGAGCAUGCUUCAGAGGCAAGGACAGAACACACCAUAACUCAUGAAUCAAAGUUGUCUUUCUUGCUGGAACCUGACUUGCCACAUAUGUCAGCUAUUCCUAAGUUAAGUGGGGGACCUGAUGCUGUAAUCAGUUUAGAUAAAGAGGAAGAGGAGGAACCACAAAACCCGGGGGUCAGGAAGCUUAUGGGGAGGUUUAUGGACCAUUGUAAAAAGAGGAUGAAACAUGUCAACAAGGAUGUUGAUAUAAGAAUUGUUGAAAAAGAUAAGGAUGAACUCCACAUGAAGACUUUCACCUAUCAUCCCACACAAGAAGAUGAGAAUUCUCUCCAAGCUAUGGAUGUACCAGGAGCAAAACUCAUGGCCCUUAAAGAGAAGCUUCAAGAGAAAAUGAAAGUAAAACGAGAGGAAUCUAGGAAGCAGAGGCAGGAUGUAUACGACCUUGACAAUGAGGAAGGUUACACAGCAGAGGAUGAGGAUGCCAUCUUAGAUGACGAUGAUGAAAUGUCAGAACACUCAGACACUGAUGUAGAGGAUGAUGAAUUUGAUGAAGAGUUUGGUGAAGAUGAGGAGAUGGAAGUGGAAGAAAGAGAUAAAGAGAGAAAUCCCUUUGCGGAUGAUGAGGCAGAAGAAGAUGAUGGAGAUGAGGAGGAAGGCUGUGAAAGUGAUGAGGAUGGUGAUAAUCUAAAACUUCAUCUGUCAGAUGAGGAGGAGGAGGAUAAUGUAGGAGAUAAGACAGGUGAAGAGGAUGAAAAGGACCAAGCAGUACAAAUCAAAUCAUCAGCAAAGAUAAAGAAACCCCGAGUUUUACAGAUAAGUGAUGAUGAAGAGAGCAGGGAUGUCUCUGAGGAACAGGAAAAAGCCAGUGAAGUGGGGCAAAGUGGACCAGAUCCAACUGAAGAAAAAGCACAGGAGAACAAAAUUGAUGAUGAAAAGGGUCUUUUUAAAGAACCACUUGAUGAUAUGUUUGUCCCUUUCUCAAAGCAUGGUUCACUGGCAACACAGGCACAGGAAUUAAAGAGGACCAGCAGCCUGAUACCCCCCGUGGAGGACUCCCAGGAUCUUUAUGGUACUCUCCCAGCCAUACCAUCUACCUGUAUGGACAGCCAACAAUCCCAGACUCUCAAUUUUUACAUUGAGGAGUCCCAGUCUAGGAUGUUUGAUAAUGAUGGGUUUUUACGCACAGGUUCGACAGCCAAGAAACCAAAGUCUAAACCCUUCAUGAGUUUUGAUAUGGACUCUUCACAAGAGAAUUAUGAUGAACUGCUUGAUUUAUGUUCAGGGAGAUUCCAAGAAGGUGAUAAGAAAGGUACCUGUAAGCAGCAGUUGUUUGGGACACAGACAGACACCCAGAAUAACAUGGAGCAACUGAUGGGACUGUGUUCAGGAAAGUUCAUUGAGAGUCAAGUUGAUGUGGGGAAAUCUCAGAAGACUGGUGUGAAGAGGAAAUCUCCUGUGGAUGAAGAAGAAGACAGCAGUGAUUCUUUCAAACUUGUCAGUGACAAUGAGGAGGAAGAUGAAAAUAAUGGAAAGAAUGUAUUCAGUGAUGAUGAGAGAAUUGAGGAAGAGGAGGGAUCAAGGGACAGUGAAGGACCUCAACAGGACAAGUUUAAAGGGUUUACCAUUGCCAACAAACACGGGAAAAUAAGACGAGAAUUCGUUGAAGCAGAGGCUGAAUUAUCAGGAAGUGAGUAUGAUAGUGAUGAAAAUUUGGACCUUGCUGAAGAGGAUGACAUUUUAGAGAUGGAGGAGGGAGACAAAGAUGAAGUGGGCACAGAGGAGGAACUGAGGAACCAAGUGGGCAGGGCUCACCUAAAACAAGUUAUAGAUGAAGACAAGAGAGAACUAAUCAGAUACCAAGAAAUGUACCUACCUGAUGGUGACCUUCACAGUGAAGGUCAAGGUCGCAUCAGGAGGUUUAAGUGGAGUAACAUAGAUGAAGGUACCCAGCAGGACAUGUUUAACAAUGAUUCUGAUGGGGAAAACAUGGAAGAAGAGGAUCAGGAAGUGAAAUGGAGACAGGAGAGAUAUGAAAGAGAGAAAUUUUUACAGGAACAAGAGGAGAAAGAAAGAAAUGAAGAGGAAAAUAGUCAAUUCCUAAAAUUUGGAAAAGUUUUCUUGAAGAGAAGUAUUUCAGAAACUGGGGCAGUCAAAAAGGCAUCCUCAGAAAAAUUGAUCAACACAGAGAAUGGAACACAAAUGACAGCCAGUACUAUUUUUAAGUCAGCAAUGCAGAAAAAAGGUUCAUUCCUUGGAAGGAACAAAGAAACUCUGGCUAAGAUUGCUGAACUCACAAAGACAACUGUUAACCCCACAGGUCCUAGGAAUUCCAGGAACUUUGUAUUCCAAGUUAUCUCCCCUGACAAGGACACAAAUAAACAGAAUGCAGUAAGUGGUCCAACUCAGGGAAAGGUAAGAAAAGCUCAUCUACCAAAGCAGCAUCAGCCAGCAGCUAAAAAACCCAGACUAGAGAAGUCAUUGUCAUUCCCUCAAAACAGCAUCUUCAAUCAUAUGUAGAAGGAGAAAGUGAAUUAUGAGAGAAUUUAGACAUAAAACAGAAUUUUUUAAUAAAAUGUUUUUUGAUUGAUACAUAUUUUUAAUGUAUGCUUGAAAAAAAAAAGAAGGAAUAGUAGAGGUUUAUUGAUUCUUAAAAUAACGCCCACAUGAGUAUGUACAGUACUUCAUUUGUAAAGAUGAUGAACUAUGAAGCAUGAGUGUUUUAUUGUAAAUAUAUACAUGUAUAUUUGGUAUUUAUUGACUAUAUUUUUGUGUAUGAGUGCUUUCAUAGAUGCAUUUUAUAUAUUUUUUUCACACAAGUCAAAAAAUUUAAAAAAGAUUUUUUUUUUUAAUCUGAAAAUCACCAUUCAUGUAAUGUUUGCACUUGUAUGAAUUUUAGAAUUUGUUCAAACAGUAAAUUUAUAUUUACUUUCAGUUUCAUAAUGAUCUCUGUUGUAAGAUAAGUCAGUUUAUUUACUCAGUUGUAGAAAUAACUGGUAUAAGGUGUGACAGUAGGUUAUAUGUUAACGAAAUCAUUUAAAAUUGAUUUUAUGAGAUAUGUUUUUUUAAAAAAAAACCCAGACACGAAGAAAAUAAAUAUUGCCAAAAAGAUA